ACACGUGACGAAAACACGGGACUCCAAUAGUUACAUAAGUUUUCUCAACACCUUGUCGACCUUUUCUAAAAAUGGAACGCAUCUCUACCGCAAACUAUAACUGUCAGCUGUCAAAACAAAAGUGAAGUUAGUUAGUGUGUGAGUGAAGUGCGUGCGAGUGUUCCGUGAUGGCUUUGAGGUCUGUGAUAUCUUCUAAAAUACCAAUGGUGAUUAUUUUGGGUGCAACAGGUACGGGAAAAACUAAAUUGGGCGUGGAAUUGGCCCAAAAAUUUGGUACGGAAAUCAUCAGCGCAGAUUCGAUGCAGAUCUACAAAGGCCUGGACAUCGUGACGGCCAAGGCGUCUCGUCAGGAGCGCGAGCUGGUGACGCAUCACCUGCUGGAUAUCUUGGAGCCCCAUCAGAUGUUCACCGUCGUCGACUUCAGAGCAAGGGCUCUUAAGAUUAUUGAAAAUUUAACGAAACAGGGCAAAAUACCCAUUAUAGUUGGAGGAACAAACUAUUACAUAGAAUCUAUAGUAUAUCAGAUACUAGUCGAACAUACCGACGACUCUGACGAAUUACUAUGGGAUAAGAGCAAGAGAAAGAGACAUUUUGAUGAAACGGAUGUCAUGAGUGAAGGAGAUAGUAAGAGGCUUGCCAAUGCAUGUGAUGAUUCUAAAGAUAAUAAAGAAGUUUCAACACUCGAAUCAAAUUUAAAAGAUAGUAAUUCAAAAGUUACAGCCAAUUCUACGCUAGAAUCUGAAGUAAAAGAUAACAAUUCUAAACAAGAAGUCGAUUCGAUAUCAGAAUCUGAAGUAAAAGAUAAUAUAACCACACCAAAAGGUGAAGAAAAGAAUAUUAUAGAUAUAGAAACGUUAAAAGACGACAUAGACAAUGAGAGUAAGUUUACAAAUGAAGAGAUACAUUCCAAAUUGAAGGCAAUUGAUCCUGUCAUGGCUUCGAGGCUACAUCCUAAUAACAGGCGAAAAGUAUUGAGAGCAAUAGAGGUGUGGCUCAAGACUGGUCGGCGACACAGCGAGGUCCUGGACGAGCAGAAGAUUAGUGAAGGCCAGCUAAGAAGGCCGGGAGCUACCAUCAUACUCUGGUUGAAGUGUGAACAGAGCGUCCACGACGAGCGCCUGAACGCCAGAGUAGACGCCAUGCUGGAAGACGGCCUCAUUGAGGAACUGCUCCAUUUCCACGACAGACACAACAAACAGAGGAUUAAGGAGGGCAAACCACCCGACUACACAAAAGGAGUAUUCCAAACACUAGGGCUAAAGGAGUUUCACGAAUACCUAAUGCUUCCCCCAGAUAAGAAAAACACCGACGAAGGAAAAAAGCUCCUGCAAGAAAGUAUAGCGAACAUGAAAUUAGGGACCAGGAGGUACGCAAGACGCCAAAACAAGAUGGUUAGGGGAAGAUUUUUGGAACACCCUUCUAGAGAGGUUCCAGCAAUUUAUGAACUGGACACAACCGAUCUUUCCAAAUGGGAUGAUGAAGUCAAAAAUAAAGCUAUUACCAUCAUAGACAGUUUCCUUAAUGAAUCUUCAUGCCAAUACGAGCCUUUAAAACAAUGUAUUUCUGAAGACAAGAGAGGUAUUGAUGGCCAUUCAUGCAACUAUUGUGAGGUUUGUGAAAGGCUUAUUAUUGGAGAUAAAGAAUUCUCAAUUCACCUUAAAUCUCAUAAGCACAUGCGUGUAAUGAAGAAGAAGAAACAGAUGGCUCUGUACUUGGAAAAACAGAAAUUAGCAGCACAAUCUGAAAAUAUAGAAUAGAAAAGAAGUGAAUACUAGUUUAAUAUGCAUCUUGUACCAAAUACUAGGUGAUAAGAACUUCAGUUGUUUAAUUUUAGAUGUUUUCCUUAGUUUUAAUUAUCGUUUCAUGUUGAUGUUGAUGACAAGAUAAUAAAUAAAAAGAUAAUUACAAUAAA